UCAACUUCAGGUACGUGAAGACCCCCGCGCCUAAUACAAUUCUCAAUCAUUUGCGUCCAUCUUUGUUUAUUCCGUUAAUUUUACAUCUGCUGGCCCUCAGAUUUUCACAACUUACUCACAUAUUCUUCCGGUUUACAGGUCCAUUUCCCCGCCACAUUCUCACCUGAACCGUCAAGAUGCGAUACAUUCACAGCUUAGAGACCUUGGAGAUUCCUGAGGGAGUCAAGGUCCACAUCAAGUCUCGUAACGUCACCGUCGAGGGCCCCCGAGGCAAGCUAUCUAAGGAUCUGAGCCACAUCGCUGUCAACUUCUCGCGGCCGAAGAAGAAUGUUAUUGGCAUUGAGAUUCACCACGGAUCGCGAAAGGAUGUCGCUACCCUACGAACUGUCCGAACCCUAAUCAACAACUUGGUCGUCGGUGUCACCAAGGGCUUCAAGUACAAGAUGCGUUACGUCUAUGCCCAUUUCCCCAUCAACGUCAACGUCGAGAAGAACGGCGAGACUGGCAACUUCGAAGUCGAGAUCCGAAACUUCAUCGGCGAGAAGCUCGUCCGAAGAGUCGUCAUGCAGCCCGGUGUCGAUGUCCAGAUCUCCACAGCACAGAAGGAUGAGCUCCUUCUCCUCGGCAACUCCCUCGAGGAUGUAUCUCAAAGUGCUGCCGACAUUCAACAGAUCUGCCGAGUCCGAAACAAGGAUAUCCGAAAGUUCUUGGACGGCAUGUACGUUUCCGAGAAGGGCAACGUCGUGGAUGACGCAUAAAUGGGGGGAUGGACACAAUGGUUUGUUUGCUUUCUGGGUCUCAAUACGGAGUCGCAGGGGUUCAUGUGCAUCACGUAGCAAAAUAGCUACGAAAAACGGAACCGAAUACUAAGAAUUCUGAGCAAAUGCUUUUCUUCAACGGUCCUCGUCUGAAUUAUGAGCUUGGGGCCAUGAUACCUCCUUAGAAUUCCCAUAGUAACUACGAAAAACGUGAAAUCCUUUCGAGGCGAAUAGUACAUACGACUAGGCUGCG